CGGGGAACUUACGUCACGAGACGAUAAACCGCUCCUCGACGCUUCAAACUACCGCCCUUUUAUCUAUCUCCCCAACUGUUCGACUCUCUCUUUUUCACCCCGACCUUUGGAAGCCCGACAAAGCGAGCGGGAGUUGUAGAACGACGCUUAUGAGCGUUACGCUUCUCGCUGUGGCCACUCCCGGUGCUUGUUGUUUUCUGUGUCUUGGCCGUUGUUCGAGAGCGCCACUUCGUGAAUCGCGUGUACGUUCCACGCGCUUGUGCUCCGGUGCGAAAUUCAAGGUGGAUAUACGUACUUAAGGCCGGAAAAUGCAGUCCUCCGCGUGGCUUCCGGAUCAGCUAAGUGUAGAUCCUCCGGAUAUUGAGAAUAUACUUGCACUCAAUCCACGCGUCAAGCACACAACGACGACAACUCCCAGCGCUGAAACAAAGCAAAAAAAGCAACACUGGAAGAGGAACAGCGAUAAGAAGUGCAGCAGCUGCAAGCCUUUGGAGAAAAACUUCGACGACAUCAAGCACACCACGUUGAGCGAGCGUGGUGCUCUCAGAGAAGCGGCCAGGUGUCUAAAAUGCGCUGACGCUCCGUGCCAGAAAAGCUGUCCUACGCAGCUCGACAUCAAAGCAUUUAUCAGCAGCAUUGCGACAAAGAACUAUUACGGCGCAGCCAAGGCCAUCUUCUCGGACAAUCCCUUGGGUCUCACCUGCGGCAUGGUUUGCCCAACGAGCGAUCUCUGCGUUGGAGGUUGCAAUCUGUACGCUUCCGAGGAAGGACCCAUCAAUAUUGGAGGCCUCCAACAGUUCGCCACGGACGUUUUCAAGCAGAUGCGAGUGCCUCAGAUACGGUCUCCGGACCUGCCACCUCCCCGCGAACUUCCCGCAAGUUACAAGGCCCGAAUCGCACUCGUGGGGUGCGGUCCGGCCAGCAUGAGCUGCGCCACGUUUCUGGCACGGCUUGGAUACUCGGACAUCGUUAUCUAUGAGAAGCAGCCUUACUUUGGCGGUCUCAGCUCAGCAGAAAUUCCACAGUACCGGCUGCCAUUCGAUGUCGUUUCCUUCGAACUCGAUCUCGUCAAGGAUUUAGGCGUCAGAGUGGAGUUCAACAAGGCACUCGGUCAGGACUUCACUCUCCAAUCUCUUAAGAAGGACUACGACGCAGUCUUUCUUGGUAUAGGCCUGCCAGAUCCAAAAGUGAUACCCAUAUUCGAAGGCCUAGAUUCAAGCCACGGCUUUUUCACAUCAAAGACAUUUUUACCGCUCGUAGCAAAAGCCAGCAAACCAGGAAUGUGCCACUGCAAGCAGUCGCUGCCCAGCCUGUACGGGAACGUAAUUGUCCUGGGAGCUGGAGACACGGCAUUUGACUGCGCCACGUCAGCGCUUCGAUGCGGGGCGAGGCGCGUUUUCGUCGUGUUCCGCAAGGGCUUCACAAACAUCCGCGCUGUCCCGGAGGAGAUGGAACUGGCGAAGGAAGAGAAGUGCGAAUUCCUUCCUUUCCUGUCACCGCGAAACCUGCUCGUCCACGAGGGUCGCAUCAGGGGCAUGGAGUUCCUGCGCACGGAGCAGACCGAGGACGGCAGCUGGACGGAGGACGAAGAACAAGUCGUCCGACUCAAGGCGAACUUCGUCAUCUCGGCGUUCGGUUCCACUCUCGGAGACAACUCAGUCGUCCAGGCACUCAGUUUACUCAAGCUGAACAAGUACGGGCUGCCGGAAGUUGACACCAAGACGAUGCAAACCAGUGAGCCCUGGGUGUUCUGUGGUGGUGACCUAGCUGGAGUCUCCGAGACUACAGUCGAGGCCGUCAACGACGGAAAGACGGCUUCGUGGUACAUUCAUAAGUAUUUGCAGUCCUUGCACAAUCUGCCCGUGCCUCCAGUGCCCGAGUUGCCCCGCUUCUACACGCCCAUCGACUUGGUGGAUCUCAGCGUGGAAUUCUGCGGACUGAAGUUCAAGAACCCCUUUGGUCUCGCCAGCGCUCCACCAACCACAACCAGCGCCAUGAUUCGACGAGCUUUCAAAGCUGGCUGGGGAUUCGCGCUGACCAAGACUUUCGGCCUCGACAAAGACGUGGUGACCAAUGUCUCGCCUCGCAUCAUACGAGGAUCCACAUUCGGCCACACGUACGGACCGGGCCUGGGCUCCUUCCUCAACAUCGAGCUGAUCAGCGAGAAGACGUCGGCAUACUGGUGUGGCAGCAUCGCUGAGCUGAAGAAGGAUUUUCCUGAUCACAUUGUAAUAGCCAGCAUUAUGUGCACGUACAACGAGAAGGACUGGACAGAACUGGCACAACAAGCAGAGAGAGCAGGUGCAGAUGCACUUGAACUGAACCUCUCUUGCCCGCAUGGCAUGGGUGAGAGAGGAAUGGGACUUGCUUGUGGUCAGGAUCCAGAGCUGGUUCGGAACAUUUGCCUCUGGGUACGCAAGGCAGUGAAGAUUCCGUUCUUCGCUAAACUGACGCCAAAUGUCACCAACGUCGUCACAAUCGCCAAGGCAGCCUAUGAAGGCAAGGCCGACGGCGUCACGGCAGUCAACACGGUGUCCGGUCUGAUGGGCCUCAAGUACAACAGCGACCCGUGGCCGGGCGUGGGCAUCGAGAAGCGCACCACGUACGGCGGUAUGUCCGGCAACGCUAUCCGGCCCAUUGCACUGCGAGCCGUGUCCGCCAUCGCCCGGGCUCUGCCUGGAUUCCCGAUCCUCGCCACUGGUGGCAUAGACUCGGCCGAGGCCGGGUACCAGUUCCUCCAGGCUGGAGCUUCAGUACUACAAGUAUGCAGUUCAGUACAGAAUCAAGACUUUACGGUGAUCGAAGACUACAUGACGGGUCUCAAGGCAGCGCUGUACGUGAAGAACCUUGAGGGAAUGGAGAAUUGGGAUGGUCAAUCACCCCCAGUGCAGCCCCAUCAGAAAGGAAAGCCGGUACUCAAGCCAUCUGCACUGGGAAGCAAGACUCUGCCAAACUUCGGGCCGUACCUGCAGAUGAAGGAAGCCCUCGGCGCCAAAGAGAAAGUCACGUCUGACCUACUUUCAGAAGACAAGGUGGCAGCGAAUAUUCGAGAUAUCAGGAAGCUCAGAGGGAAGAUUCCAAAUGUUCAGGAUGUGAUUGGAGAGUCACUCAAAAAGAUCGGCACCUUCGGAGACCUGGACAUUACCCAACAGGUUGUGGCAUUGAUAGACGAGGACAUGUGCAUCAACUGCGGCAAGUGCUACAUGACGUGCAACGACUCCGGCUACCAGGCCAUCGAGUUCGACGCCGAGACGCACCUUCCGACCGUGACGGACAGCUGCACGGGCUGCACCCUGUGUCUGUCCGUGUGUCCCAUACCGGAAUGCAUCCAGAUGGUGCGUCGCACGACUCCCGCUGCGCCCAAGAGAGGCGUGCCCUUCGACCAGACAGAACGGUUCAUGAAGACGCGCUUUCCCUUGUUGUCACAGUGACCGUCCCGCCGUCAAAUCGGUGGCUGCUCAUAAAUAGCUCCGAAAGCGUUCACCUCCAAAACGUGCGACUCCCUUAAGGCGAGACCGCGAGCGCUAUUGUCAUAAAAAAUCCAAACAAAACUAACUUCUGAAAUAAACGUGACUUUGAUUAAUUC